AAAUGGCCGCUUCUGAUGCAAAGAUCCCUCCCCCUUCAGAAAUAGUAAAAGGACAUAAAGAGUUGGCGUUAAAUUUCUGUGACUUGUUUGUGAUGUAAGCAGCGUUCUUUGCCUUGGAGGUUAUUAUUAAUCAUUCAUGAUGGAGACUUCAGUAUACCAAACACAGCCCUUAAAUGUGAAGCAAAAACACAACUCUGAAGGGUGUUAUGUGUGGCAAGUAUCAGACAUGAAUAGAUUAAGACGUUUUUUGUGCUUUGGCUCAGAGGGUGGCACUUAUUAUAUUGAAGAGAAGAAGCUGGGAUAUGAGAAUACAGAGACCCUUGUUCGACUUAUAGAAGAUGGAAAAGGUUGUGAAGUAGUUCAGGAGAUAAAAUCAUUCAGUGAAGAAGGUAGAGCUGCAAAACAGGAACCUGCCAUUUUUGCUUUGGCUGUCUGCUCCCAGUCCUCUGACACCAAGACCAAACAGGAAGCUUUAAAAUCUUUGUCUGAAGUUUGCCGUAUCCCAACACACCUUUUUAUGUUUGUCCAGUUCAAGAAAAACCUAAAAGAAUACAUGAAGUGUGGCAUAUGGGGAAGAGCUUCUAGAAAAGCUAUCUCUGACUGGUAUAACGCUAAGGACAGCUUAACUCUGGCUAUGGCUGUUACUAAGUAUAAACAAAGGAAUGGUUGGUCCCACAAGGACCUUUUGAGGUUGUCUCAUAUAAAAUCAUUUAAUCAAGGUAUAACUUUGGUGACCAAAUACAUCUCCAAAGGUUGGAAGGAAAUUGAUGAGACUUACAAAGAUAAGGAAUUGUCCCCAGAGACAGAGAAGGUAUUUAAGUACCUGGAGGCCAUUGAGAGAGUAAAGCAUACAAAAGAUGAAUUAGAGGUCAUUCAUAUAAUAGAAGAAUAUCAUUUAGUAAGAGAGCACCUUCUUACUUGGCACUUGAAAUCCAAAGAGGUAUGGAAGGCACUUCUACAAGAGAUGCCACUAACUGCUUUGUUGAGACACUUGGGAAAGAUGACAGCUGACUCCAUUCUUACACCAGGAAGUCCAGAGGUCACCAUGGUAUGUGAGCAGCUGAAUAAUGAAAAACUGCUGAAAAAGGCACGUAUUCAUCCAUUGCAUAUCCUAGUUGCUUUGGAAACUUACAAAAAAGGACAUGGAAUUCGAGGAAAGCUCAAGUGGACUCCGGAUAGAGCUGUUGUAGAAGCCCUUGACAACUCAUUUUAUAAAACAUUUAAGAUGGUAGAACCAACAGGAAAACGUUUCCUUCUUGCUAUAGAUGUCAGUGCAUCCAUGGAUCAGCUAGUUUUGGGCAGUACCAUCAAUGCCAGUACUGUAGCUGCAGCAAUGUGUAUGCUUGUUGCACGCACUGAGAAAAACUCUCACAUGGUUGCCUUUUCUGAUGAAAUAGUUCUGUGUCAAGUAACUGCAGAUAUGAAUUUAACUGAAGUAUCAGAGAAAAUGAGUGAUAUUCCAAUGGGUUGCACCGAUUGUGCCCUUCCAAUGAUUUGGGCACUGAAUACCAACACGUUGGUGGAUGUCUUUAUAGUAUUCACUGAUUGUGAAACCAACAUUGAGAAUGUUCACCCAGCGACAGCUUUGAGGCAAUACAGAGAGAAAACUGGCAUUCACGCUAAACUGAUAGUCUGUGGAUUGACAUCCAAUGGAUUUACAAUCGCUGAUCCAGAUGAUAGAGGGAUGCUAGAUAUCUGUGGUUUUGAUACUGCAGCACUCAAUGUGAUUCGAAACUUUGUCCUUGAUUUUAUUUAAUCCACCAAAGAAGUGCAAUACAGCUACGAAGCACUUAAUAUCGUAGUAUUGUUUAAUACUAAUAUUUGGAAAGCUUCAGAGCAACUCAAGCUAGAAAGGCUACCGUGAUAGCCUUUGUUAAACAUUUCAUAGUAUGUGGGGAUAUUUUCUUACAAAAUUAAAGUCUUGCUUUGCAGUUUGACCCAUUGUUGCUUUACUAGAUUUGAAGUUUUUACCACUGUAGCCAGGUAUUUUUACACACCUUUUCCUAAAAAAUAGAUGUAUUCACAUUGCGAAAUAAGCAAGGCUAGAUGUUGUCUAAUACAAUGUUUAUAUUGAUAUACUGGUAAAACACCACUCUUCUCUUCAGUGGGACAUCUUUUAAUAGAGCAAAUAAAGUGGCUAAGUUGAAAAA